UUUGUCUUCAAGUUCACACUAUGAAGGUGAUAGCAGCAGUAAUACUGCUAGUGGUGGUCCUGGUCGAUGUCAAAGCCCAGGAAAUUUCUAGGCUUGAAAAUUCAUUGCCAUCAGAACUUAUAAAAACGGUUGAUGGGCAAAUUCGUGAUAAGAGGAAUAUUGUGAGACAUCCAUUAUGGCCCCAUCGACCAAUUAUUCCACCACGACCAAUUAUUCCACCACGACCAAUUAUUCCACCACACCCAAUUGUUCCACCACAUCAUCCAAUCAACCCUCCAUGGCCAUUUUGGACAACAACAACUACAACCAGAAGACCAACAACAAAAAGGCCAACCACAACUAGAAAGCCAACCACAACGAGGAAGCCGACAACGACUAGAAAACCAACCACAACUAAAAAGCCAACCACCACUAGGAAGCCAACAACUACAAGGAGGCCUACAACGACUAGAAAACCAACCACGACAAGAAAGCCAACUACAACUAGAAGGCCAACUACGACACCUAAGCCAACCACAACUAGAAGGCCAACCACGACACCUAAGCCAACCACAACUAGAAGACCAACUACGACAAGAAAGCCAAUUACAACUAGAAGGCCAACCACAACACCUAAACCAACCACAACUAGAAGACCAACUACGACACCUAAGCCAACUACGACACCUAGGCCAACUACGACACCUAAACCAACUACGACACCUAGGCCAACUACGACACCUAGGCCAACUACGACACCUAAACCAACUACGACACCUAAACCAACUACGACACCUAAACCAACUACGACACCUAGGCCAACUACGACACCUAAACCAACUACGACACCUAGGCCAACCCCGACACCUAAACCAACCACUACUACACCAACGCCGACAACGCCUACUCCAACAACUUCAGGGCCCAAACCAACCACUGCAAAGCCAACUCCAACAAGACCUGACCCUUCAACUUCCGGGCCGGAUUUAACAACAACAACGUCAAGUCCUAUAACAACUACACCAACAACAUCAACAACACCAUGUUUCACAAUGCCAUCGACGACGACAACGACACAAACUCCACUUACAACUCAAGAACCAGAAACAACUGCAAAAGAAGAAGACCCAACUGAAACAACGGAAUCUCAGUCUACAGAAACCUCCGAUGAACCACAAACAACUGAAGAGGCAGAAACAACCGAAGCAGCUGAAACAACCGUAACAGAACCAACUGAAACAACAGAACCACAAUCAACAGAAUCAUCAGAGGAACCACAAACAACUGAAGAUGAAGAAACAACCGUGACUGGUGAAGACCCAACUGAAACAACAGAACCGCAAUCAACAGAAUCAUCAGAGGAACCACAAACAACUGAAGAGGCAGAAACAACCGUGACUGGUGAAGACCCAACUGAAACAACGGAACAUCAAUCAACAGAAAUGUCGGAGGAACCACAAACAACUGAAGAGGCAGAAACAACCGUUACAGAAGUCGACUCAACUGAAACGACCGAACCACAAUCAACAGAAACGUCGGAGGAGCAACAAACAACUGAACCAGCUGAAACAACCGUAACAGAAGAAGACCCAGCCGAAACAACAGAACCGCAAUCAACAGAAUCAUCAGAGGAACCACAAACAACUGAAGAGGCAGAAACAACCGUGACUGGUGAGGAUCCAACUGAAACAACGGAACAUCAAUCAACAGAAAUGUCGGAGGAACCACAAACAACUGAAGAUGCAGAAACAACCGUGACUGGUGAAGACCCAACUGAAACAACGGAACAGCAAUCAACAGAAACUUCGGAGGAACCACAAACAACUGAAGAAGAAGAAACAACCGUAACACAAGAAAACCCAACCGAAACAACAGAACCUCAAUCAACAGGAACAUCGGACGAACCGCAAUCAAAAGAACCAGCAGAAACAACCGUGGCUGGCGAAGACCCAACAGAAACAACAGAACCUCAAUCUACAGCAACACCAGAUGAACCACAAACAACUGAAGAAGCAGAAACAACUGUAGCACAAGAGAACCCAACUGAAACAACAGGACCUCAAUCAACAGCAUCACCAGAUGAACCACAAACAACUGAAGCUGUACAAACAACGGAGAACUCACAGUCUACUGAGGACCAACCAUCUACAGCAACCGAAGAUGAACCCUCAACUGAGACAUCAGAAACAACAUCAACAGCACAACAGGAAACAACUGCUACACAAGAACAGGAUUCAACUGCCCAAACUGAGGAGACAACAACAAGUCAGCAGCAAUCUACUCAAUCUUCUACCGAAGGGCAGACUUCAUCUGACGAAUCGACAAAUUCUACCCAGACAACAACUACUGGACAACCAACGAGCACUAUUUCUGAACAACCAUCCACUGGAUCAACAACUGUAGCACCAACACCGUCUCCACCAUGCCGCUAUCCAAUUUUGGCAGUUUUCUUAACAUGGUGGCCAUUUUGUUGUCAACAAUAAAAAAUAAAAGCAUAAAUUAAACGAA